UUCAGAGCAGCGGCAUGGCGUCACAUUCACAGUUACAGAGACUGUUUACUCCACAUCACUUUUUUGGGGAAAUGCCCUCGACAAUUAUUAACUGGUCCUGAUGUGAACUGGGCUCCUCGCUCUGCUUUGUCAUACUGGACUUUAAUUCCUGACAAAAUGUGUGUGAGAUAUCUUGGAUUUGUUCUUCUGGUUUGGUUUCCAGUAGUGCUGCACGCACAAAGUGCAGCUCAGUCUUGUCGCGCUCCCCGUCUGAACGGUGGUUAUUUGGUCCCUGAACAAGACACUUACUCUCAUGACACAACGCUCAGUUAUGGCUGUGAUGACGGAAUGAAACCAGCAGUGGAGGGUUGGUGGGCAACGAGCACAUGUCAGAAUGGUUCAUGGUCCCAUGAGCCACGAUGUAUAGAUGAAAAAGCCUGCCUGCCACCAGAUAUACCCAAUGCAAAAUACAUAGAAAACCAGAGUGGUUGGUAUAGGGAUGGACACAAAAUCAGGAUAACAUGUGAUGAAGGAUAUGAGCCCAAAUACAGACAUGUCACAGCCAAAUGUAAUGGUGGAACAUGGACGUCUCUGCCGGUCUGUGAGAAAAGUAUCAAUGCAUGUGGCGAGCCCCCUAAAAUCCCCCACGCAGUCAUCAUUCAUCAGGAAUACCAGGAGGUAUUUGCUGCAGAUUCAGAGGUGCAGUAUGAAUGUGAAGAUGGAUAUACUGUAGAGGGAGCAGACACCACAAAGUCCAUCUUUUGCAUCUAUGGCAACUGGACUGAAGGCCCAACAUGCAAAUCUUCUAGCACCUCUGGCUCGAAUGAGAGAACCAGUAGACCUCAAAUCACAACAGUCGACCACUGUGGAGCAUACCCGAACGUUCCAAACGGUGAUGUCGUGGAAAGGGAUCAAACGUUUUUAAAGUUCCAAUGUAAUGCUUUUUACACACAAGUUGGUUUAGGCACUGUGGUGUGUUACAGUGAUGGGACUUGGUCGCAACUACCCAUCUGCAAAGAGGCGUUCUGCGUCCUGGAUCCUGCUGAACAUGUUGGGGCCAAUUUUAGACUAUCUGGAGUUGAGUAUUUAAAGGAAGGAGAGGAGAAACAUAUUCCGUGUAUUCAGCAGGAUUACAGCAGCCGUGUUCAGUGCACUAAUGGAAAAAUACAUUUCACCCAGUGCAUGGAAACUGAACCAGGUGCUGGACAGAACGGUUCUGCAGAGGUGGGAACAGCUGGUGUAAACACUACAUCUACUGGGAGUGGGAUACACCCUGAAGGUGGAGGCAGCAGACCAGGUACUGGACAUGGUGGAUCUGCAGGUGGGGGACACACUACAUUGACUGGCAAUGGGACAAAGCCUGUGGGUGGAGGGUCUGCUAGCAGCUCCGAAGAGAAAGAGAUUCAACUUCAGAUCACAACAAUUACGACCUGUGGAAAUCACCCUGUAGUUCCUAAUGGUGAUGUUGUGGAAAAAAAUCCAAUGUUUUUGAGGUACCUGUGUGCUGCAUUUCACAAACAAACGGGUCCAGAGAGAGUGGAGUGUUACAGCAACGGGAAGUGGUCAGAAACACCCACCUGCAAAGCUGCCUUCUGUUCUGUGGACACUGGUCGCUAUUCUGAAUUAAUAUCUGCUGGAGUUAAAUAUAUAAAAGAUGGUGAGAAGGCGAGAUUGGAAUGUGUGCAUCAGGAUGAAUGGUGGACGACUCAUUAUUCUGUGGCCCGCUGCAAUGAUGGAACAGUGACGCUUUCAAGAUGUUGUAGCUGGUGGCAUCUAAAGCAGGAUGUUUGCUGAGGCUGUAUCACCGAGAAGAAGAUGACUGCCACCUCUGGAUUUUCUCACCACUGACUGAAAACAGCCUGGAAGCUUUUCAGAGACAGCAAUGUUAUGAUUAUGCUGUCACACACCGUGUUGGGUUCAACAGAAUGAUUCUGAUUUUAAUUUUGAUCUAUAACUGCCUGCAUAAUGUGGAAGCAAAUUCUCUGUGUUUAAAGCUGAAAAGAAGUUGAAUGUGGUGUAUAAUUUAUAUAGUUUUCUGGUUUGAGCUAAAGAGGGUGGGUGUUAGUCCUGAAUCUACUUUUCAAAGAAGCAAAUUUCAUAUCUGUUACUAAUCUUAAUUUUAAUUUUAAUUCAUUCACAUAUUUUUUAGCAUUAUAACAAUUGUUUAAUCUCUGUAAUGUCUUGUAACCAGAAUUAUUGUUAAGGCUUUAUCGUGUACGGGGGGAAACUCAAUGUGCUUUACCCAGCAGCCACAUUUAAAAAGAAUAACAGGAGGCCCGGGCCGGUCGCAGGGGCUCCGCACUAGACAGGUGUAUGCAGGGGUGUUUCUAGGAUUUGAGGACAUCAAAUUCAAAUAUCAAAUCUAUUUAUUAAGCACAUUUAAAAACAACACACCAGUGUACCAGGGCCGUAAAUUGAGUAUCACUGAUGUAGGGGAAGAUGCAGCAGCCUUUGGAUUCACGUCAAUGUAUCACUAACUGGAAACUUUCGAAAAUGUGAUUUAAAUAUGCCGACAAACUGUCUGUUGGACUUCUUAAUCAUCAGUUUUUGGCUUUUUGUUUUGAUAUUUGAAAUCAAAUAAAAACAAACAAUCCCACAUAA